AUGAGCCCAUCUAAGAUUGUUCUUCUGAAAAACAAAACUACUCCUAUUGAUCCUUACGAGGUGAACCUCAAGCAAGAGGAGUUUGAUCCAGUUUUUGUUCCAUUAAUUCAACAUCAGCAUCUUCCCACAGAAUGUUUAAGUCUUCUGAGAGAUGAAAAGUAUCUGCUACGACUUGAAAUUAUUGUGAUAAGCUCCCAGCGUACCGUGGAAUGUCUGAAUGAGUCAAUCAUCCCGAAGCUUUCAGACUCUCAAAGAUGCCAGUUGCUGAGCAAGGUUGUCUACACAGUUGGACCUGCAACCGCUAAUUUCCUGGAAAGAUGUGGGUUCGAAAAUAUAAGAGGUGGAAAAGAUGCUGGUAAUGGGAGCAUUCUAGCUGAUCUGAUCAUUUCAGAUUUGAGUAGCAAGAGCGUUCAAUUGAGCCAACUUCCAAAACCUUUACUACUCGUGGGCGAAACGAGAAGAGACAUUGUUCCCAAAAAACUAGCAUCAAUUGGUAUAGAAUCGCAGGAAGUUGUGACAUAUAAAACCAAGGAAAAAGAUGACAACUUGACGCGGUUCAAAUCACUUUUUGUUCCGCAGUGCUGGGUUGUCUUCUUCAGUCCGCAGGGCACUGAAGAAAUCAUCGAAUAUCUAAGGAACGAAAAAGUCAAGAUUGCAAGCAUAGGCCCUACUACUGAUGAAUUUUUGAGCUCUCACAACGUGCGCUCCCAGGUGGUGAGCAGUAAGCCUGAGCCCAACGCCCUGAUCAAAGCAUUGAAAGAAUUUGAAAAAACAUUGCAAGCUUGA